AUGGCCAAACUUGAGAUUUGGCGCCAUGCGCCCGGAAAGGCCGUCCUCCUCUUCACCGACAUCAUCUCGGCGACAGCCUUGAUCUUUGAAGGCUAUAAUCAAGGUGUCAUGGGCACCGUCAGCUCCACCCCCGGCUUCAUUGCCAUGGCCAAAAUCGGUUCUAAUGGUGUUGUGAUAAACUCGGUCAAGCAGGGCGGUCUCAUAGCAGCAUAUUACUUUGGAGCAAUGUGGGGUUGCUUCAUCGGUGGAUGGGUUGGAGACAAGAUUGGUCGCAAGCGCGGCAUGGUCAUUGGCAUACUGCUCGGAAUACUCGGUGCAGGCCUCAUGUCUGGCAGUAUCAACUCCAGCAUGUUCCUCUGCGCACGCAUAGUAACCGGUUUGGGCAUCGGCUUCGUCAAUGUCAUUGUCUUGCCGUGGGUCAGCGAAAUCUCCGAAUCGCACGACCGCGGCGCCAAGUUCUCGCUCGUCUUCAUUGCCAACUUUCUUGGUAUUGUCAUCGCAUACUGGUUAAACUUUGGUGUUCGAAAUACAAGCUUCGAGUUUCGCUGGCGAUUUCCCCUGGCUUUCAUGGCGAUCCCGCUCCUCAUCGUCGCCGCUGCCCUCCCAUUCUUGCCAGAAUCGCCAAGGCAAGGACGACGACGGGAAUCCAUCGAGAUACUCUGCAAGAUCAGAGGCGACCUGUCUCCCGAUGAUCCCAAGAUCGUGACAGAGCUUGCCGAGUUGGACGCCACUUUCGCAACCAAGAAUCAGAAACGUGGUGAUUUUAUCAAUAUUCUUCUAGCAGGCCGGUACUCUGGCAGGCUACACCUUGGUCGGCGAGCAGUCAUGGGUUGUGCUCUUCAGUGGAUUCAGCAAUGGACUGGGAUCCUUGCGAUUGUAGGAUGGGCGGGCGAACUGUUUAGCCUCGCUGGGUUUGACGCUUACAAGUCACUGUGGCUAGCUGGACUUGUCAACACGUUUGGUAUCCCUGGCACUGCAGCUGCAGCCCUCGUCAUUGAUCGCAUGGGACGAGUCAAGUCCCUACUGGUAUCUUUCAUCACACAGGGUGUCGCGCUGUUUCUGGUGGCCGCAUUUGUCAAGACCUCACAGGACGCUGCGACCACGAAUCCGGUCAAGUCAGUACAGCUUGGUACGACUGCAGCAUCGUUUGUAUUUGUCUACCUUUGGUUCUUCACCAUGUUCAACAUUGUACCAUGCUGGAUCUAUGGUACUGAGAUUUGGCCCCAAGAGAUUCGAGCCAAGGGAUACAGUUUUACCAUUUUUGGCUGGGCCGCUGGAUGUGGCAUGACGCAGUUUGUGAUACCAAUCAUGCUCCAGAAACUCGGUUACAAAACAUACAUCUUCUUUGGCGUGAUGAAUAUUGCGGCAAUGCCAGUCGUCUGGUACUUGUAUCCCGAGGUGGCGAAACGAUCUCUCGAGGAAAUGAACCUUCUCUUUACAAGCGACAGCCUCCUUGUGAGCGAGAACAUGAAAGCAUAUCAUCAGCGUAUUGCGGACGCGGGGGGUGAUGUUGCAUUAGCCUCCAGGCGUUUGCUAGAUGAAGUUCAAGGCAGCGAAGAAGGAGAUCAAAAAGAUGAUAAAGCUCUUUAA